CUCUCACUCUCACUCACUCACACACACUCUCUCUCUUUCCCUCCGUUUCUGUGCAUCCGCUUCAAUCUCACUCACGAACUCACCCAAACAGCUGGGUGGAUGAAAAUGGAAAUAACAUCGACCCGGUCAGCAGUGGCUAGUACUCGUGUUGAUGUCUUUGUUAUCGUGGGGUGAUCUCGUCUUCCUUGCUUGGCAGACACUCGGUGAUAUUGUAUUGUCCCCACCGAUCCUUAGUAUUGUUCCUGUGCUGGUGUUGACAACCAUCGACAAGUGCUGUACACGAUGUUCAUUCUUUGUCAGAUCAUGGAUGCAAUAAUCUCUUCUACGAAGGCGAGCAGGGAUCAGCUCACGCGAGCUGGGCUUGCACCCUGCAUUUAAUCGCCCCCAUCGUCUCCUACCCUGAGACCCUCGCAAGAAGCAGCUCGGCGAUCACUUCACCUUCACUUCACCCUUCCAGCAAACAAGCACCUCUAGCAAACAAGCACCUCUAGAAUGCCAUCAAAGCGCAGUAUCCUCAUCACCGGCUGCUCCGACGGCAGUCUAGGAUCUGCCCUCGCGCUCCAAUUCCACCAAGCCGGCUGGCGCGUCUUCGCCACGGCCCGCAACCCCGCGAAGCUCAAGGAGGCCGAGAAAGCGGGCAUCGAGACGAUCCUCCUGGACACGUUGUCCGACGAGUCGAUCCGUGCCUGCGUCGCCCGCGUCCAGGAGCUGACGGACGGGUUUCUGGACGCGCUGAUCAACAACGCCGGUGGCGGGUACUCCAUGCCCGUCAUGGACAUCGAGAUCCCGAUCGCGCGGGAGCUGUUCGAGCUCAACGUCUGGUCGCUGAUCAGCGUCGCCCAGGCCUUCCUCCCCUUGCUCCUGAAGUCGGCCCAGACCGGUGGCAACGGCGGUCCGACCCUGCUCGUCAACCACACCUCCAUCUCCGGCACCAUUGGCGCCACCGGGCCCUUCGCUGGGGCCUACAAUGCUUCAAAGGCGGCCGCCUCCAGUUUCACCGAGACCCUGCGGCUGGAGCUCGAGCCCUUCGGCAUCAAGGUGGUCAACCUCGUCACCGGCGCGGUGCAGUCCACCUUCCACGAUAAGGCGCCGCACCCGACCCUGCCCGCUUCGUCCCUGUACAAUGUGGCCAAGGACACCGUGGAACGCGCCUUGACCAAUACCGAUCCCGAGAAUGACACUCCGGCCGCGGCGUGGGCGAAGCGGGUGGUUCGCGACCUCAGUAAGCGCAGUCCGCCGUAUUGGAUCUGGCGCGGCAAGCUCGCGAGGAUUGCCUGGAUUGCGGGGCUCCUGCCGCUGGGGUUCUUCGAUGGGACGAUGAAAAAGUGGGUUGGUUUGGAUGUGGUGGAGCAGCGGUGGAAGGAGCAGGUGAAGUCAUUGUCUUGAUAUGUGUAGGUUGGUUGAAAAUUAGGUUCUUUGUGCAAAUGGAUGGGCAUAUAAUGCACGCGCCUCUGUACGGUAAGAACCGAAGGUGUUGGUCGUAUGGAGUUUUUGGGUGGGCAUAAGGCCCGGGAGGGAGUUUCGUGACCAAUAGUAUCUUCUUAUUUCUUUUCUGCCUGCUACCUUGCUGCUUUUGUCUUUUCUGGAUCUUGUCUCGCUGUGGCUUGGUGGGUUUCGAUCCAGCUGAUGACAACAGUGGACUUCUCAGGCUGUCUACCAAACCAAAUUUAUACUCGUAGCGUGUAACCGGUUAGAACCAAGUGAAUAUGAGAUAGCACAGAUAGCACAGAUAGCACAGAUAGC